AUGACACACGCAAUCAGAGAUUUUUAUAAUUACUAUACUGAGGAUGAAGUCAAAUAUACAUCAUUUUUAAGAGUCGAUAAUGACACUGUUCAACUUCCUUCAGAACCUGCAUUUGAAGUUCGAAAACAUGACUUAAUUAUAAAUGAAAGUCUUAAACCUGCGCAUAUGUAUAUUGAUACUUAUACAGAUACAUUGUCAGUAACUAAUACUGAUCAUGUGCCUCAUUUUAUUGCGUAUAAAUUUGAAGUAACUGUUCCCAAAAAGGAAAAUAUAUAUUUGACUAAUUAUGGAUUGAUGAAUGGAACAAAAAGCAUUGAAAUUGAUUGUAAUGCAAUUGAUGAAAUUAAUUAUUUAAAUAAAACCGAAUGUUAUAUGAUAGACAUUAUAUUUUAUCCAACUUUCCUUGAAGUAAACAGGACCGCAGAAUUCGCGUUCCGCUCAAUGGGGGCUAUGAUGCCAUUAUCUGAAUUUACUAACGUUUCCUAUAAUCGAACAAAUUUUAGGGGUACAAAAGAAUUGGAUUUUCGUUGUGAUUUGGAGGAGUAUGAUUUAUAUCGUUUAACUGUUUAUUUUGAUUUUGAAAAACCAUUUUUUCUAAUUAAUCCAUAUGAUGAAGGAUAUUUAAUUCCAAUAUCAUUUCUUGAGUCUGGUAAUUAUUCUUUUACAUUACUAACAGGAUUACCAUAUUACCAGCCAACAUAUGUAUUUAAUAUCACAAAUCCACCACCAAUAAAGAUUGAAAAUAAUAAACUUGAAAAAGAAGAAUAUUAUAAGACAACAGAAAAUUCAAUGAAGUUGGUUUAUGAUAUCGAAUUUCCUUCGAAUGUUUUGUAUUCAUUCAAUUAUUAUUUCGAUAAGAAUUAUGAUUCCAAAAUUACAGAAUAUAUUUAUGGAACGAAUUAUAAUGAACACAUUGAACGAAGUAUCAAUCUUCCAUCAAGUCUGAUAUCAAAUGAUCACAAACUUCAUUACUUCUUCAAUGCUACAGGCUUAACUACAGACACAUUCGAAAAUUCAUUCUCUCUUAUUUAUCACAAACCAAUUAUUCAUCUUCUCACAGAGAAUGACGAAAAUGAUCCCCCAAUCUUCAUUCAUUAUGUUAAUGAUAGCUUUUCUAUUGAAUAUGAUAUUUCAGAUGAAGAUCCAGAAGAUACCGUCACUAGCGUUGUUUCUAUUGAACCAUCAACAAUAAUCAAAAAUACAUCGAAUAUUGCUCCUUAUCUUGUAGAAGUGAAUCCUAAUUUUGGAGAUACAUUGAAUGAAGGAGGUAAAAGGAUCAUAAUUUCUGCAAUUGACAAAUAUAAUUGUAUAUCGUCUAAACAAACAUAUUUUUAUUUCAUAUAUAAAUUUAAUAGACCGGAGAUUGAAUUUCAGUCAGAAAACAAUAUUUCAAAAAUUGAUAAUUUUGUUCGAAUUCAAUGUAGAGUAAGAGAUUAUAGAGGAAAUGGUCUGUUAACGAUUGAAGCAAACUUAACAGCUGAUAACUUAUACAAUUGCACUAAGAAGAAGGAACGCGAAAUUGAAGAUGAUUCAUUCAAAGAAGUUAUUAUUGACAUUCCAAUCAACAAAUAUUACCAAGGAAACUGUACUAUUUCUCUCUGCGUUUCCAAUACACAUGACGAAAUCUCAUCUCUCAUCACAAGCAUUUUUGCACUUGAUGAAAUUCUUACAUUCAAUGUUCUUGAUAAAUUCAAGAAACUCAUACAUCCAAACAAGUCACUCCCAUUUAUAUUUACUCUAUUAUCAAACAAAUAA